CUCGGGUGUGUGUGUACAGAGUUUUUGCUGUCAUUAAAAUCCCACCUCUUUCUUUUGUUCUUUAACGCGUUAAACACACAAUGAGUGUAUUUCCUAAAGAUACAAUUAAAAAUAUUGGAGAGUCGCUUGGAAUAAAUAAUUUAAAGGAUGAAAUAGCAACUGCUUUAGCACAGGACGUUGAAUAUAGAAUUCAUGAACUUAUUCAGGAAGCGUCUAAAUUUAUGCGACACUCCAAGAGAGUAAAACUAACAGUAGACGAUGUGAAUGCAGCCCUUCGAGUGAAAAAUGUAGAGCCUCUUUACGGUUAUACUCAUGGAGAAACACCUAAAUUUAGAAAAACAACAUUGAAUUCGACAGAGAUUUACUUUGAUGAAGACGAAGAGAUUGAUUUUGACAGUGUCUUGAACAAACCAUUACCAAAGAUUCCUCUAGAUGUUACAUUCACAGCACAUUGGCUUGCUAUCGAAGGUAUUCAACCUGCCAUUCCUCAGAAUCCUACACCCAAUGAUGCCAAGGCGGAAUUAUUAUCAAAACGCACUAAAACACAUACUAGUUCUAAUGGCAUUACGACAGAUCAAGUGAAUGUGAAGCCACUUGUUAAGCACGUAUUAUCUAAAGAAUUACAAAUGUACUUUGAAAGGAUUACAGAAGCUAUUCUCAGUGAUAACGAGCGGUUACAAUCACAGGCAUUUGAAAGCUUACGUCUGGAUCCAGGACUUCAUCAGCUAGUACCUUACUUUGUUCAACAUAUUCACAAGAAGGUAGCGCAAAAUCAUAAAAACCUGGAGAUAUUGGAAGCUAUGCUGUCAAUGUCUCAUGCAUUGUUAAACAACAAACAUUUGUUUAUUGAACCUUAUCUGCAUCAAUUGAUUCCACCCAUUUUAUCAUGCUUAGUAGGAAAAACCAUUUGCGAUAACCCCCAACAGCAGGAUCAUUGGUCAACUCGUCGCCGUGCAGCCAACUUAAUUGCUUAUAUUUGUCAUCAAUACGGAAAGUCUUAUCAUACGCUGCAACCACGCAUCACCAAGACUUUGUUGAGAGCUUUCUUGGAUCCAGGACGUCCUUUGACAACACAAUUUGGAGCGAUCAUCGGCUUGGAUGGAAUCGGAACAGAGGUUACCCGUGUGCUAAUUGUUCCAAACAUCAAGUUUUAUACCGAAAAUAUAUUACAGCAUGCGCUCAAUAGCACAAAUCCUCUUAGAGUAGAAGAGGCGGAUAGAUGUAAACAGGCACUUGUGGACGUGCUGAGACACAUUGCAGAUCAAGAAUCAGAUGAGGAUAGUAUGGAAGGGGAUGUUUCAGAAAAAGACAAGCAAACUUUCAUAGAUUUCAUUGGAAAUAUUGUUGGUGAAGCAUACUUGUCAGUUGAGGAUAGGGAAAGUAGGAUUAGGCCCAUUCUUGAAUUGAUCCAAUAAACAAUAUCUUUCGCACAUUGCACAAUUUAUUUUAUUUUAAAACUUAGAAUCUAAGCUUGCUGAAGAACCACUUGUUC